CCCGCCCGCAGUGUGUGCUCGAACGUUACAGUGUCCACUCCUCCUGUGCAAGGACUUACAGUUUAACCAUGAAUUCACGGUGUUUAAUAGUGCUAGCAGCCGCCCUCGGCGUGGCGGUCGGACAGGAGUCAUUCAAAUGCCCCGAUGACUUCGGCUUCUACCCCCACCACAUCUCAUGUGACAAGUACUGGAAGUGCGACAACGGCGCUGCCGAGCUCAAGACCUGCGGCAAUGGACUCGCCUUCGACGCCACCGACUCUAAAUACCUGACUGAAAACUGCGACUACCUCCACAACGUCGAGUGUGGCGAGAGGACACAGCUUGAGCCCCCGAUCUCAACCCCCCACUGCACCCGGCUGUACGGCAUCUUCCCCGACGAGACCAAAUGCGACGUGUUCUGGAACUGCUGGAACGGCGAGGCCUCCCGCUACCAGUGCAGCCCUGGGCUCGCGUACGACCGUGAGGCUCGCGUCUGCAUGUGGGCUGACCAGGUCCCCGAGUGCAAAAAUGAGGAAGUAGCGAAUGGUUUCUCGUGCCCGGCGCCUGGUGAGGUCUCGAACGCUGGCUCCUUCAGCCGUCACGCCCACCCUGAAGACUGCCGCAAGUACUACAUCUGCUUGGAGGGUGUAGCUCGCGAGUACGGUUGCCCCAUCGGCACUGUCUUCAAGAUUGGUGAUGCUGACGGCACCGGCAACUGCGAAGACCCCGAAGACGUUCCUGGAUGCGAGGACUACUACGGAGAUGUGGACCUCAAGGCCCUCAAGAAGCUGGGCUUCUGAAUGUCAAGGAGCGACUCCAAGGACAGACUCAAACUGAACCCCUUCGACUUGCUGUAGAACACGCCUCUUCGGGUAAUAGGCCAGAGGAUAGAUCUUCAAACACCAGUGGACCGUUAACGCAAAAAUAUCCUAAAAUCUUUUUCUUUUUGCAAAUAUCCAAUUAGAACUUACGUUAGUUACGACAUACAUAUCUUCUAACUGGAUAUUUGCAAAAAGACAAAAUAUUCUAGGGUAUUAUUGCGUUCGCGUUUCAUAGUGUUGAUGUUUGAAAAUAUGUACCUAUGUACUUUAGAAUUAGAACUAUGCUGCAUUAACUUAUUUGACAAUUUGAAGCUGUGUUAUCUCAAAUUGUCGAAUACGUUAGGUAAUACGAUACGGGGUUCUAAAGCAUGUAGGUGAGAUAUUUUAGACGUACACAGAAAAGUAAUAAUUUAAUGAAGGAAAAAUUGUAGGUUUUAAAAGUUGAAAUACUCAUCGUUAAGUAAUUUAUUACAAAAUUGUGUAUUAUAAAAGUGCAAAGUGCAGUGAUUGGUUCGAUUGUCUGUCUCAAGAGGCGCUCGAUGCAUUUCAAAAAGUGUAUCUACAAAAAGACUUUUUAAAAACCUCGUAACUAAAGUUACGAUUUUUAUCAUUUGAAUACUUUUUUGUCACUUUAUUAUCGACGAUGAUAAUUAUUGCCAAAAAAUACGACAAUUAUUUCGGAUAAAAUACGCUUUUGACAUCGCACCUCUAUGUAAGAAGGUGCUGUGUCGAAAUUAUGUUGUUUUAGUCAUAUUAUAUAAGAUAUUAGUGAUUAUUUCAAAUGAAUGUAAAUACUUGAAGUUUACAUGAUUUUUCGUUUACUAACGAUAGUAAAUGACUCAGAAGUUAGCCUUAAGAUAAGUUAAGAAAUAAAGGUUUAAUUUUGUA